GGUUUGCAAACUUUAGUUUAGAAACACAUAUGCCUGGUGAAACCGCUCCCCUUACUAUCUCUUCCCUUGAAAGCAUUGUGUUCACUAAUCAGUUAAUAGUACAAGCAAUUAAAAGCCUUAAACCUUCCACUAGUACGGGACCGGAUGGCCUCGCUUCGAUAAUUUUCAAAAACAGUGGGUGUGAUAUACCCUUGUUACUUCUUAAAUUCUUCUCAAUAUCUAUGGACACUGGCACUUACCCUAGUGAGUGGAAAACUAGCUUCAUAAUUCCACAUUACAAAUCUGGUGAUAGGGCAAACGUCCGCAAUUACAGACCCAUAAAUAUAACCCCAGUUAUCUCACGAAUCAUGGAGAAAGUUGUAAAAGAUCAAUUGUCAGACUACCUAAUUAGGGAAGAUCUUGUUACAAGGUCUCAACACGGAUUUCUCAAAAAUAGAUCCUGCGUUACUUGCCACUUCGACUUUUUCAACUGCAUCACUAGUAGUCGCGAAGCACGUAAGCUAGUCGUUGUUCUCUACUUCGAUAUAUCUAGGGCAUUUGACAUGGUAUCUCACAGUAUUCUCUUUGAGAAGCUGUACUCUUGUGGAAUUCGCAACCCAUUACUGAACUGGUUAAAAUCAUUUCUAAGCAACAGGGUACAAAUAACCAAAGUUGGAUCUGUAUUGUCUCAUCCUAGGCAGAUCUCAAGUGGGGUCGUGCAAGGUAGUGUCCUAGGUCCACUUUUAUUCACAAUCUACAUUAACAGCAUUUGCAAGUGCUUCACCUUAGGCAAACCAUUCCUAUAUGCUGACGACCUCAAAGUCGUCUACUCCUGCUACACUCAUGAAUUAAGCGAUAUGGUUACUAAAAUACAUCUUGAACUAAGUAGUCUCGCAUCAUGGUGUGCUGAAUCCUGUCUAAAUUUUAACAUUGACAAAUGCGGCUGGAUUUGUAUUGGCAACAGUAACCUUGAUCUAACUCUUGAAAUAAAUGGGCGAAAACUAGCUAAGCUCAACUCAGUCGUAGAUCUCGGUAUUAGAUACUCUAGUAACCUAACGUUCGCUGAACAGACUGAUUAUGCCAGACGUAAAACGCGAAGGCUGAUAGGAUGCAUAACACGCAAUUUCUUUUGUUGUGAAACUAGGGUUUUAUUAUACAAAGUAUGUGUCCGACCUAUCUUAGAAUACUGCCCGUUUAUUCUUAGCGGACUAAGACAAAAUGACAAGCUUAAAUUAGAGGGAGUGCAACGGCAGUUUACCUCAAGAACUCUUGGUUUAGAAAGUGGUCUGGAAUACCAUGAGCGAUGCGUAAGACUAAGAUUAGAACCCCUCUGGAAAAGACGCCUUAAGCUAAACCUUAUCUUUUACUAUAAGCUAACUAAUCUUCUCUUGCAUUCCUCCGAGCCAAUAACUAAACCUACCGCUGUCAUCAGUUACAAUCUUAGAAAUCAUCACAACCUAGCUGCUAUGGAGCACUGUCAGACUUACGUGCGGUACAACUUCUUCUUAAAUAAGUUUUCAGUCAUUUGGAAUAGACUACCAGCUAAUGUGCGCGAUGCAAACACACUUCCAGUGUUCAUCUCCUCAGUCACCAGACUACUCAAAGAUGACAAUGCACUUUUGCGCCUGACUCUUACACCUUCUUUUUCACCCUACAUAGAUAUUUUAAGUUCUUUAAACGUGUAGUUACAACAAACUACAAUUAUAAAUUUUAAUAUUAUUGGAACUAGAUGAUUAACAUUUCUACACAGGACAGUAAUAAUAUUAGUUUACACAUAAUAUAAAAGUUAGCAUAACGGGACUAGUUAGUUUGUGUACCAAAAUAACCACAGUUACUAAACAGAAUAUAUAUGUAUAUAUUUAUUAAUCACUCCUUAAGGACUCCCGUUGCUUUCUUUUGCGUUGCUGUUGUUUGUCUUCUUUUUUCUCUCACCAUUUCAGCUUCCAUUUGACUUUUUGAAUGAGAAUGAAUAAUGUGGAUAUUUGACCAUUUACAAUGACAAAUGAUCUGCAAACAUUAUUGGUCCCGUAUCUUUCAGUUGCCUGGUUAAUAACGAAUUAACUUUCUCCACGACGCAACCUGGAUUACAUUUGUGGAAUAUACUCUUAUACCAAUGGAAAAGUAUCUAUUUGUAAUACAACGUCACGAUUGUAGCUUAUAACAUAACUGAUCGUAUCUGUAAAAAUAGCUUCCUUAUUACCCAAUUUGGAUAUAAAUCAAAUCAAAAAUAAGAUUCGGAUUUGUACACACCCAAGUUAUAUUGAGGAAUUACUUCAAGCUUUAUUUUUUCCCAAGUAUUUUUAAUCCAUCCAAAACUUACUUGGGUUUUUUUGUUAAUGCGAAGUUAAUAUUCCUAUAUUUCAUGACGUGCUCCAUUGAAUGACUGGUUAUCAUAUUGUUCCCACAGACCUAAGACAAAAACGCCAGCAACCAUGUAACUUAACCAUAAACCAAAUUUAUGAAAUUUAUAUAAUGCUUAUCCAUGCCUGUAUAUUUGGUGUGUCCUACACAAGUAGGAAAAAAUGUGUAUUUUAUUAAAACAUUAUUAUUAAUUAUGAUUGCUAAUCGUAUAUGUAAUUUAUCAUAUUGAUGAUGCCUGUAAACUGGCGUCUCUCAUGUACAAAAUGAGAACAUACUAUUAUUAUUAU